AUGGCUCUGAACGAUACCCCUGCGACGACAGCGCCCAGCAGCCCGCGCUUGGCCGGCAACACAUCUGCCCCGAGCAGUCAUGGCAGCGACAGUCCUGGUAACACCGGUCGCAUGAUAUUGCCUCCGCAGCGACAGAACUCGGGCACAUCAACACCACGAAUACGGCCUACUACGCUGGACAUUCCUGGGUUGACAAAGAGUAAAGUGUCUCCAGACGGUCGAAUCGCGCAAAGGGAUGUCGGCUCCAAAUUGGUCAUCGUCAUGGUUGGCCUGCCUGCGCGCGGUAAAAGCUACAUCACAAAGAAGCUUGCAAGAUACCUCAACUGGCUACAGCAUGACACGAAAAUCUUCAAUAGCCUGGCCACCCUCGUGAUGGCGCGCGAUGCGCCGGAGAUCAAAGAAGACAAGAUAGAGAAAGAGAAAGAAGAAGCAAACAUCGAGCAGAACUCGGCCUUCUUCGACCCACAGAACAAGAAAGCCUCUAUGAUCCGCGAGCAAGUCGCCAAGCAAACACUGGACGACCUCCUAGAUUAUAUCUUGGACCAGAACGGCAGCGUGGGCAUUUUGGAUGCCACAAAUAGCACGCUGCAGCGUCGAAAGAUGAUCAUGGAUCACAUCCGAGAGAGAGCCGGACCUCAGCUGAACGUGCUCUUCCUCGAGUCGAGCUGUGUAGACCAAGAUCUUUUGGAGGCAAACAUGCGCCUCAAGCUCAACGGUCCGGACUACAAAGAAAUGGACCCAGUGAUUGCCCUCGAGGAUUUCAGAAAGCGCGUGCAAGAGUACGAGAAGGCCUACGUCCCAUUGGGCGAAUAUGAGGAGAAGCACAAUAUGCCAUACAUUCAAAUGGUCGAUGUCGGACGCAAGGUCAUCAGUCACCAGAUCAAGGGCUUUCUCAUGGCACAAGCAAACUACUAUCUCCUCAACUUCAACCUUGCACCCCGACAAAUCUGGAUCACACGACAUGGUCUCAGCAUGGACAACGUGUCUGGCAAGAUCGGCGGUGACAGCGACCUGGCUCCUGAAGGACAUCUAUAUGCCAAGUCUCUAGCGCGCUUUAUGGAUGAGAAGCGUAGAGAGUGGGAUUUGAAGCAAAUGGAGAACAUCAAGAAGACGCACUUUCCGCCUCAGCCUGGUGAUGUUACUCCACCUAACCCGUACUACCAGCCGCAGUCGCCCACUCCUUUCUGCGUAUGGACAUCAAUGUUGAAGCGCAGCAUUCAGACUGCGCAGUACUUCAACGAGGAGGACUACGAUACCAAGCAGAUGCGCAUGCUGGACGAGCUCAACGCAGGUGUCAUGGAAGGGUUGACGUACAACUGCAUCUCUACCCAGUUUCCCGACGAGUAUCGCAGCCGCAGAGCCGACAAGCUGCAUUACAGAUACCCUGGCCCGGGCGGAGAAGGCUAUCUCGAUAUCAUCAAUCGUCUUCGACCUGUCAUUGUUGAACUCGAGAGGAUGACGGACCACGUCCUGCUCGUUGGGCACCGCAGUGUUGCGCGAGUGCUUCUGGCCUAUUUCAGAGGUCUGAAGCGCGAGGAGGUCGCCGAUCUGGACGUCCCACUUGGCAUGCUCUACUGCCUAGAGCCAAAGCCAUACGGUGUCGACUUCAAGGCGUACAAAUGGGAUAAGAACCAAGAGUGGUUCUUCGAAUGCCCAGACUUCGAACUAAAGCGCGCGGAAGACGACAUGCAGUAG